CCAACCCUAUUUUAAUAAAAUGGACCGUUCUGCUGAAAAUUGGGGCUUUCUCUCUGAUAAUGUUUUUUUAGACUAUUGAAAUUUAUUGACCGUGUUUUUUUGCUAUAAUUUGGAGGAGACAUUGAAGUUGCUAGGCUGGCAGUAAUAUGUCAGGUAUGCGGGGCAGGCCUCCAGGGAGGCGUCGUGGCCGAGCCAGGCUCAACCGUCCCGGACGACCAGCUGUUGGUCCAAAGCCUGCUGGCCUGCAGCCUCGCCGAGGAGUGGGGCGACCAAGGAGGGAUGCUUCUCUAUCCAAUGUAUUUCACAAUGUUGAUGGCUCAGAAAUGGAGGAGGGGAGCAUGCCUGUGCCCAGAGGAACACACAAGGCCGAGCUGGAUAUCGGGCUCGAGAUGGAUCGUUGGCAGGAGCUGAUGGAGCGCCAGGAUGUGGACAGCCAUGAGGAAUUAGCAAAGAUGCUGCUAGAUUCUUGGGAGUUAAAAGAGACUGGAAAAGAGCUGGUGGGAAUACAAGUGACUGCAGCCACAUUCCGAGACUUUGAGACCUAUAAAACACGCUGCAGGCGUACCCCAGAUGACCUUGUGCGCUUCUUCCUUCGUCUGGAUGCUGAGCCAGGGCAGACAGUGAUUGUGCUGAAUGAAGAGAUGGGGAAAUUGUUUGAAGCAGUGAAGCACGGUCUGAAAACAAACCAGAACAACUGCAUGAAACACUUACUGCAUGUCCGAGACAAGUACCUAGAGAUGAAGGGGAAGCCAGUUGGAAUAAAGAACGUAGAGCCGUCAGUUCGCAUGGCAGUGCGAGAGGAGAUGAUGAAGCUUGCUCAGGAUGGAGUGUUUACCCCACCCACCCCAACAUGCCUGUGUUCCUGUAGUCCAAGCAGCAACACCAGCACUCCUGACAAACAAAGUGGACAAACUGAAAAGCCAUCUGUGUCCCCGGAUUUUCCAAAGAAGCGGCCUCGAAAGUCAUUGCCACAAAGAGUGAUCGCAUACGAGAACAACACUGGAAUGUCAGAAGAUUCCGAACAGGAAAUAGAGAUGGUUUCUGAUCCAGUCCAAACCAGUGUGGCUAACGGACACCAGGUGUUAAAUGAUGCUUCAGCAGAACCCCCUCUGCCAGCCUUUAACUACAUAAUGAGUGAGGCAAUCCCGGUGAAUGGUCAGCCAAUGUCCACUGCUGGACUGACCAGCACUCCUACCACCUUUGUCCAGCUGGUGGGCUCGCCUCAAGUCCUCACACCAGCAGCUGCUAAUGCCAUCUUUCUACAGCAGGCAAGCAACAUGGCUCCAAAGAUCGCGCCGAAACCGUCACCUUCAGGGGCCAACGAGAAUUCCCAGACAUAUAGGCUUCCAGGUGGUGCGAUGGUUGUUCAAAAUGAGAAUGGGAAGUUCAAAUGCCCUGACUGUGAUUUUCAAGGGGCAAGCUUUAUAAGCUUGAGAUCACACUUCAUUCAUCAUCCUGUAAAAGCUUAUAAGUGUAAUCUUUGUGAGAGAAGCUACCUUGAAGAGUAUAAAUUAAGGGAGCAUUUUGAAAUCAAGCAUGAGCAUAGUAUUCACUUCCUUUGUGAGGUGUGCAAUAAAGAGUUUACUUCAAAAGGCGGUCUAAAGUACCAUCUCAAACGGCUGCAUAAAAACGAUUUCAAGUUUUUCUGUGAGGAGUGCUGUAAAGGAUUUAACUCUGAGCAGCACUACAACAGUCACAUAGAGAAGCACAGCCGUUCACAUCAGUACAAAUGCAGCCAAUGUAACAAGGAGUUCAGCACCUUCACAACAUUCACAAAUCAUCGGAAAAUAUGUGUCCGCCUAUCAACAGAAGAUGAUAGUCUGGUUUGUGACUUAUGUGGUGACGAUUUCACCACCGAGGCAGACCUCACAGAGCAUAUUUCCUCUGAGCACUGCGAUGUCUCUCGAUUCCGCUGCAUCUGUGGUGAGGAGUUUCGAUGGAGAAGAGUGUUUGAUGAACACAAAAGAAUGUGUAAUUACGCAGUGGAGAGGAAAACAGUGAUGCUUCAACCUGCAGUUGAUGACUCCAGCACGGAGGACGGGCUCAGCAAUCUUGCCAUUAUCAAUGUGGAGAGCCUCAUGGAGAAAGACGAACUCAACAAGGGAACAUGUGUGGAUAUGGACGAAGACUCAACAGAUGCCAUUCAAAUCACUAAUGUUGAGUCCGGGGAACAGUUUAACAUGGACAUUAAACCCGAACCCCAACCUAUGUUACUGCAAUCUUUCCAAACUCUAGGCAGCAGCAAACUGCGUCUGCACAAUUGCAAGUUCUGUGAUUACAGAACUCCGAAACUCUCUCACAUGAAACGCCAUGAACUUACCCAUUUGCGUUCACCAGCUAAGGCUAAGGUGACUAAAAUAGCACCAAAGCCUGUGGAUAUUGCUCCUUCAAAGCCAAAAAGUCAGGGUUACUAUCACGCCCGCUAUAAGUGUGAUAAAUGUACGAGAACCUUCUCAUCCAAGGGUGGCAUCUCCUAUCACCAGCAGACCAAACACAACAAUGCAUACAAGUACAAAUGUGAGACCUGCGACAAGGGCUUUAACACCUACCAGCACUAUGUGGGCCACAAGAACACGCACACAGGAGUGCGUCCAUUCGUCUGUAACAGCUGCGGAGUUGGUUUCUCCUACCCGUCUGUCCUCACCUCCCACAGGAAGGUAUGCAAGGGUAAGGUUGAGGGCUUGGACAAGAAUGGGGGCCUGGAUUACUACCCAUGUAAACUCUGCAAGGAGAAGUUUGCCCUUCCAUCCUCUCUCCAGGACCAUAUAAGCGAGUCACAUAGUGAUACCAUUACUUCAAAAUAUGUAUGUGUUUGCAGCGAAGAAUUUCAGUUGCGAGCUUUGUAUGAUCUGCACAGGACUACUUGCACAAAAACUGACAUAAGCUCUACAAUGAUAAUACAAGCCAUUCAAAAUGAGAUUAAUCCCUCAGCAGACAAAGGAGAUGACAGGACAGAUUUCUCCGAACUCUCCCCGGAGAUGUUUAAUGCUACAUUGAAUAACCAACCUGUCUUCCCAUCGUGAUGUCGUAACCCCGAGUUGGAAUUCAUUCAAUUUCGAAUUCCUUGGCUUAAAACAAAUGAAAUUCAGUGUAAAAAGAAAAAUUGACUUCCAAUGUAUGCUUUUAUAUUGUUGGUUAAAAUCUUAAGUGUGUUGAAAUGUGAAAUGUGCUUUGUACACCUAUUACUUGCUACAUACUUGUAUGUGAUUUUGAUCAUUCUCCCAUGUGCUAACCAUGUGCUUAUGUUAACUUUUGUGUAAUUUACUGUUCAGGGGUCGUAUUCAUAAAGCAUCUAAGCGAAAAUGUUCACCUUAGUGAAAAAAAUGCCUUUUUAUGCUCCCACUUAUUGGGGGUUGGGUCCAUGAUUCUGUCCGUAAAUAUUGUUUUAUGUCAUUCAAAACUCCAAAAUAAUUUGACACAAAAACUUAAAACUGUAGGGGAGUGUUGUUGAGAUGAUAAAGUUGUGCACCAGGGGUAUCGUUUGCAGAUGCACAUAGUAAGGGGAGAGUUAUGGCCCUUCAAUUACCAAACAUUGGCAUUUUCGAACUUGUGUCACUCAAAGCUCCAAAACUGUAUGACUUAGUUUCUAAGAUGAAUUUAAAGAAUCUUAUAACUUUUGCAAACAAAAAAUAUGGAAUAAUUAAGAAAAUGCUUUGAUGAAAAAUAGAGGGUUUUUAAAAUGGUUGUAACCAGACUUCAAAAAUUAGGAAAGAUGAAAAUUUUCACUUAGAUGCUCUAUGCAUACAGCCCCAGAGGUGCAUCUGGGAAGGUUUCAUGACACAAAGAAUACUAGCCAAAUGCUUUUUAAAAUUUUAUGCAUUUUAAAAGAAGUUUAUCUAAUUUUUGUUUCAUCUUUGUUUAUUGCUAAGAAUUGCAUACAUAGUUUGAUGCUUCUGCUAUUCUACUGUUAAGCUUUCUGGCAUUUUCUGAAAAGUUUGUAUUCAGGAAUGAGGUGUUUCAUUGAUGUUAAACUUUGUUUAAAAAUUAAAUCAUGUCCAUUUGAUUUACCUUUUGAUGCUGACGAAGUGAAUGCCACUAUUUAAUGCUUUAAUUGCAUUUAUUUGUUUGAUCAUUACUGUUUAUCAACUAGCAUGUAUUAGAUAUAAGUCAUAUGGGAUUCCAAGUUGGAUUAAGAUCUAUAGAAUUCCAAGCUGGGUUAAAUUAUAUAGAAUUCGGAGUUUGCUUAAGGUGGCAAGUUUUCUCUAUUUGAUUGAUGUAACUAUUUUUUAUUUGGCUUUGGGGUUAGGUUGAUUUGCCUUUGCAUGACAAGAAUCCUAAUGAAUCAGUAUGUUUUACAUACAUGCUAGCAUUAAGAAUGUGAAGUACUAUAUAUGCAAAAGAGUCAUAAAAUAGAAACUGAAAAAAAAUUAAUUUAUUGAGGUACAUGUAUGUGGCUAUGUUUGGUUGCUGUUGUUAACGUUUUAUACAAUAUCAAUCCUGAUUACUUGUUAAGAAUAGUUUAAUUGUAAUUUUAAGUUUUUUUCUCUCUUUUAAAGAUUGAAAUGGGAACAUUUAAAGGGACUCGCUCGUGUUUUGUAUAAUGUGCUCUUUUUAUGAUGAAAUAAAGUGUAGCAAAUCAUUUGGAGUGUUAAAACUAAGAUACUGAUGGCUGGAACCCUUCAACAAAUGUAGAUAUAUGCUCAAAUAUUGUCUUUGAAGUCCACAAUUUUUAAUGGCGUUAGAAACUUUUCAACAAAAGGCUUAAAGGUUAAAUUAUCUCUCAGCUUAUGUAAGAGGCCUUGUGGGCAAGCGGUUUCGUUGACAGGUUUUUCUUGACUACCAGCAUUGGUGUGCUCCCCACUAAAACCAGGGUUUUUUAAUACAAUUUGUUUGGUUUUGUCAAUAUCAGUAUCAAAGAGUGAAAUAUAAUAUCAUUUUUUUUUUCAGAUGCAUUACCAUGAAAAAAAACAUGAGCAAGUCCCUUUAAUACAGCAAUCAGCUGUUUAUUAUGGUUUGUUUUAUUUGUUUACCGUAUAUCUGUUUGUGCGUUUUUGACACAAAUCUUUUAUUUACUAACAUUUUUUUUUCUUUUCAAACAUAUUUAAUAGUGUGGAUCGAUGUGUAUCUUAUAGUUGAUGCAGCUUUUAUAAAUGCAUGUAGUCUUAAACUCUAUUCAUAUAAUUGUUAUUGAUCGUUACUUGUGAAACCAUGAUACUAACCAUCAUGAUGGCCCCAGGGUAGGGUUAAAGCCAGGUUUUAAAAAAACAGGGUGCUGAGAAAUAGGUUCAGUGUGCAAAGGCAGAAAAGGACGAAUUCGGAAUUAUAUCAGCUAUGAAGAACUUGAACAUUAUGAAUUUGGAAAUAAAUGUUGGGAAUUGUGUCUUAUUGAAGUGAUGUUAUAUUUCAACUGCCUAAUAUAUUAAGUUUGAAUGUAUUUAUAAUCAUAUUAUACAUUUGAUUGAAAACAAAAGAAAUAUUGGACAGUCUAAAGUAUUCAAUUCUACAAGGCAGAAGGGUACAAUUGCUGGUUUCCAUGAGGGAAGAAAAGCUGCUACCAAAAAGAACAUGAUGCAGCACCCUUCCAUUACUUUUUAACUAAAACCCUACCCAGGAAUAUACAUGUAAACACUGGAAACUUAUUAGGAAUUAAUUUAAUUAAAUUUCCAUUAACAUGUUGAUAUAUGUUUAAAUGAUGCUUGCUUUUAUGAUAUUCCUUGAAAUUGCUUCACUGUUUUGGAAUAUGCUUAAGGAAAUAAAAAUGCUUAAAU